ACAACUUGAAAAAACUACCAAAAGAUAAUUUCUGAAAAGGAAUAAAGUUUUGGAAUUUCACUUACCAUGGUAGAGAAGGAAGGUGGAAUUGUCAAAAAGGGACAUUUAAUGAAGGAAUUAAAAUGGCAUUUUCUCUUCUUGAAGAGUUUGAGCUUCCUCUUGAACUUCUCCCUCUUGCAGAUGUCAUUGAGAAGCAGAUCAAGAAGCUUAAGGGAGUGAAGGCUAAGGAGCUCAUGCUCUGGCCUCCAGUGAGUGAGACUGUACUUGAUGAUGACCCACCUACUGGAAAGAUUCACUUUAAGAGCCUUGCUGCGAUCAAAAAGACUUUAAUUUCCCAGUGGAGGCAUUUGCAGCCGGACAGUGAGAUGCACCAAGCUAUGCUCGGGGAUCCACUAGGUUGCCAUGACCAUAAAUUUACAGCUUAAUACCAUAGUCCUUGCUGCUUUCUAUUUCCCAUACUCUUCUACAAUUCUCUUAUAUAUAAGAAUUGAUUAUGUUUCUUAUCAGCAUUCAAAAGUCAAAAUAAAAUGUCCAACAUUCA